GCUGCAGUAAAUUGGUCGUUAUAACAGCAUGAAAGCCACGCGAAGAUGAAUCAGUGGCUAGCCUGGCAAAACCAUCUACAACAAAAUCCUGAGAAGACAUUACUGAAAAUUGAAUUCGUGAAAAAACUGCUGGAAGAGUAAGGAUAACUUGUGGUUCGCAGCUGUUAUGGACAACAAUAAGAGUCGCUAUCUCAGAACACACUUAGAAAGCUUUCUUCUCUACUCUUUUUUACUUUUGAUGAAUCGAGGUGUCUCAUCUGCAGCAAACUCAAACUGCGAAAUAAAGUCUUCUUGCGGAGCCGACUGCCAAUAUGCUAAUCGAACUACAGUGGAUCCAGGCUCUUACAUAACAUUUGACUGCACGGUUUCCUCAGAAGCGGCAGAAAACAUAACCUGGGAACAAGCAAAGAAGCUGGCUGGAAAAGGAGAUGGCACAUCAGAUCUAGCUUUACAGGAGAGUUCCCAAAACAUUUCAUGCAAGUGUACCAAGAUAUUCUUCACACGCAAACUUAAGAUAGACGAGCAUACGGAAUCUCCCUAUAUAAUCCAACAAGGGGAACGACCUUAUUUGAAGUGUAUUUUCUCGGGAUGGCCACUCCCGCCCGUAGCUAAUUGGUUCAGGGAAGAGAAGCUAAUCACUAACGAGUCAAAAGCAGUUUAUCAGUUGGACAGGAUCUUAGGGAAGGAAGGAAAUAAAACUCUCCACAGCAGUCUCAAUUUUCAAGUUGCACGCGAGGACCAGGCAGGAUUCUAUGAGUGCAAUGCUACAAACAGCAUUCCAGGCUGGUCAAGCAGUAAAUCUAAAAUGAUACAGACGAUAUACCAGUGUCCACAUGCACAAGACCCAAUUGUCGAACACUUGGAAGUUCUCGCGCGCAAAUCUUUUAAUACAACGUUGAUCUGCUUGGUUUAUGAAUCCGAGGAAGGUUGUCCAGAUGACUUACGAUGGUACGCCAAUGGGCGGCCUCUGAGAAAUAGUGGAAAGUACGAAAUAUUAGAGAAGAAAACUCAAUCCAAGUGCAAGAGAGAAUUUAGAUUGACCAUUUUUAACGUUACUAAAAAUGAUGAAGGAAAUUACAGCUGUCACUGGAUAUGCGAAUACUUUGAGGAUAAGAUAGCUACCAUUAAGUUGAAAGUAUCUGUUGAGUCUAUCACUGACCCACCAACAGUGGUUAACGUUUUGACUGGCCCCUUAUAUCCACUUUCAGGACAGCGCAAAAAGUGGCUAUUGCCGAUCAUUAUUCUGGCAGCGGUAGGUGGCGUUGCUGUUUUCAUGGCAGCCGUGCGGUUCGGAGUGAAAAAGAAGUGGACAUCAUCUUACGAACUUGAAAAGUGUGGGUUCAAUGAUGAGGUGUUGAAAAAUCAACUUUUUGUCAGCUACAGCUCAAAAGACGUUUCCUGGGUCAAUGAGUAUCUCAUUUCACUGCUUGAGAAACACUCAAUAGCCUACAGCAUUCAUAGCCGGGACUUUGAACUUGGCAAGCCCAUCGUUCAAAAUAUGGCGGACAAUGUGUAUGGUAGCCGUCAAGUAGUAAUUGUUUUAUCACAGAAUUAUCUUGCCAGUAACUUUUGCCGUGAGGAGCUACACAUGGCUUUUCAGAGGGGGAUGGACACGGGAGAUUCUUCUGUGAUUCUUGUAAUGAUCAAUAACUUGAGGAAGAAGCAACUGCCUGCAGCCUUAAGAGACAAGCGUCUGUUGGAGUUUGAGAAGCACAACAAGAAGCAAGAGUGGGAAGAGAAAAUUCUAAGCGAGAUUUUAGAUUGGAAGACAGACAAUGUUUAAAGAAGUUAGUGUGUUAACAAAUUUUAAAUUCUAGAAACCUUCAUUGGGCCGGCUAAAUUAGCUUGAAGAUUUUUUUUUUCCAAUUUUUAUUCUGAUGCCGGAUGGGAUCAGUUAACAGCGCGAGAGGUUCAUGAAUUAUCUCUCAGUCCCAUGCUCAAAUCAUUGAAGUAUGAGUGAAAUUGUUCAGCCGCCAUUAGAUUAUUCAACGAGAGGAAUCGUAAUUGAGGGCCAAACUGUUUUGAUUAGUUGGCGUCAGAACCCACUGACCUCAUCCCAGUCUACAUAUCUGGGCAUCGUCGUCGUUCCACAUUUAUCCACCGCCAUAUGACGCGAAGUAUUCACUUCCGUAAACUUCCGGUUAGCAUUUGCUUACGGUUUUUUACUGCAUCAUAUGAAGUGAUUUUCAGCUGAUGAAUAUGCGAUUGAUUCAAAACUCUUUUGCAUAAGUUGAUUGAGGUGAUUAAUUAACAGAUAAGAAGUGGCUGUUUAUGACACGAUCCUUUUAAUUGAGAAGU